AUGGCGUCAGGCGGAACCGUAGCUUUUCCAGAUUUGGGUAAACACUGCCAGCACCGCGAUUGCCACCAGCUCGAUUUUCUUCCUUUCACCUGCGACGGUUGCCGCCAGGUGUUUUGUUUGGAGCACAGAUCCUACAAGUCCCACGCCUGCACGAAAUCCGACCACAACAGCAGAAAAGUGGUUGUCUGCCAAACAUGUUCCAUGUCCAUUGAGACCACCGGUCUCGUGGGACAGGGCGAGGAGGCAAUUUUGGAGAAGCACCUCAAGUCUGGUGACUGUGAUCCCACCAAGAAGAAGAAACCCGUUUGCCCUGUCAAGUGCUGCAAGGAGGUUUUGACUUUCUCCAACAACAGCACCUGUAAAACUUGUCACAUGAAGGUGUGCCUCAAGCACCGUUUCCCUGCUGAUCAUGCUUGUAGCAGAGGAGUUUCAGCUUCUUCCUCAGCUUCAGUUGCUAAUGGUGGAUGGAACAAUCGAUUUUUGGGUACUCUGGCUUCAAGGACUGGACAGGAAUGUGCCAAAACUGGUGCCACUCGUUCUACCUCUCCUCCUAGCUCUCCUUCUGUUUUCGAUCUAUAUAUACAUGGCACAGGUGGAACCGAAACUUUUCCAGAUUUGGGGGAACACUGCGAGCACCGCGAUUGCAACCAGCUCGAUUUUCUUCCUUACACCUGCGACGGUUGCCAACGGGUGUUUUGUUCAGAGCACCGAUCCUGUAAGUCCCACGCGUGCCCAAAAUCCGACCUAAGCAGAAAAGUGAUUGUUUGCCAAACAUGUUCCAUGUCCAUUGAGACCACAGGCUACGUGGGACAAGACGAGGAGGCAAUCUUGGAGAAACACCACAAGUCUGGUAACUGUGACCCCACCAAGAAGAAGAAACCCGUUUGCCCUGUCAAGGGCUGCAAAGAGAUUUUAUCAAUCUCCAACACCAGCACAUGUAAAACUUGCAACCUGAACGUGUGCCUCAAACAUCGUUUCCCCUCUGAUCAUGCUUGUAACAGAGGAGUUUCAGCUUCUUCCUUACCUUCUGCUGCUAAUGGUGGGUGGCAGAAUUUUCUAAGUUGCUUUUGUUUCAAGAACAGAACAACAAAGAAGGGCCAAAACUAG